AGUGGGUGGGUGGUGGUGGGUGGUGCUGAUGUUGAGUGUUCCAGUGUGUGCACGUUGCGUCAACAGCAGUGUUUAAAUUGCAGUUCUUCGUGCUUUAAGAGAAGCACUUCGGUCGCUUCAGCUCACAUCUGGCGAUGCUGGUUGAGCAAUUGUGAGCAACUUUCGCCCUUGACAUCCGCACAUUUCACACGCAUACGCGCUCAUCCGUGAUGUGGUACACACGUGAGGCGUCACGAAGAAGUGAAAGCGCGUUGGCAAAAACUGCUGCUGGGCGCACACUGAUUAAAUACGACAAUGCCCGCAGAGCGUAGCUGGUGAAUAUAUUCGGCGCGCGGCGAUAAAGAGGACCAGGAUGCUGGGACGUGUGGUGAAGUACGGAGUGUUGGGUGGGACACUCCUAGGCAGUGGCUACAGUCUGCACGCGAAUGACUACAACGUGAACUCCGUGGCGCUGGUGCGCUUGGCCAAUGCGGGUCUGGCCAUCUAUGACAUCGCCUGGGUGUAUAAGCGACAGCUGUACUAUCGCGAGUGGGACAAGACGACGUCAGAGUAUGCUCAGCAGAAGAUUGUGUGCCACAAGAUCGCGGCGGAGCGACUGUUGGAGCUCAUCCGGACGAACAGGGGUGUGUACAUCAAGGUGGGACAGCACAUUGGAGCGCUGGAAUACCUGCUACCUAGUGAGUUUGUGCAGACAAUGAAGGUGCUGCACAGCAAGGCGCCGCAGAACAGUGUUGAGGAUCUAUUCAGAGUCAUCCGGCAGGAUCUGAAGCGCGAUCCGCGCGAGGUGUUUGAUGACUUCGAGGCGGAGCCUCUGGGCACAGCGUCUCUGGCGCAGGUGCACCGUGCCCGGCUGAAAGACAGCGGCAGUGUGGUGGCGGUGAAGGUGCAGCAUCCAUAUGUGCGUGGGAACUCUAUAGUGGACAUGAAGACAAUGGAGAUGUGCUGCCGCCUGAUGGCGUGGAUCUUUCCGGACUUCAACAUGCAGUGGCUGGUGGAGGAGUCCAAGCGGAAUCUACCAAUUGAGCUGGACUUCCUCAAUGAGGGACGCAACGCUGAACAGAUCGCCAGCAUGUGUCAAUCGUACAAAUGGCUGAAGAUCCCGAAAAUUCACUGGGAAUACUCCACGGAUCGUGUGCUGGUGAUGGAAUACGUUGAGGGUGGCCAGGUGGAUGAUCUGGAGUACAUGCAGCGCCACAAGAUUGAUCCCAUUGAGGUGUCCAAUCAUUUGGGCAGUCUCUAUGCCAACAUGAUCUUCGUGAAUGGCUUCGUGCACAGUGACCCACAUCCGGGUAACAUUCUGGUGGCCAAGACACCGCGCGGAGACACCCAAGUCAUGCUGCUGGACCACGGGCUGUACUCCACACUCACAGACCAGUUUCGCUACGACUAUUCCCAACUCUGGCUCAGCAUCCUACGCGUGGAUCGGCCAGCGAUGCGUGAGUACAGCGCAAAGCUGGGUAUCCGUGGGAAUCUCUAUGGCAUCUUCGCCUGUAUGGUCACCGGACGACCCUGGGAGGCCGUCCUCACGGGUAUCGAUCGCACGCGUGCGUCCACCAGCGAGAAGAAGACCAUUCAGAGUGAGACGUCAGACGUGUUGCCCCAAAUUGCCGACGUGCUGGAGCACGUGGACAGGCAAAUGUUGCUGAUCUUGAAGACAAACGAUCUCAUCCGCAGCAUCGAGACCACGCUGGGUACACAGAACCGCCAGACUGCCUUUUCCGUAAUGUCCCGCUGCUGCAUCCAGACGGUUUUCCGCCAACAACAAGCUCAGACGACGUCCGAAUGGACGCGAUUCGCCCUCAAGCUCAGGCAGACCUUUAUGCACCUCAAGAUGUCUCUGUACUAUACGUAUCUGUGGAUACUAAACUCCAGAAUCUGGUCAUAGUUAUAUAUAAACAGUCUACGCUUUAUUUACAGCCCGUUUUUUACUCUUCCAGCAUGCCGCUGGGCUUGAAGUGGUUCACAAUGUUUACUGUCCAGUCAGAUUCGCUGCAAUUGGUGAAUUCCUUGAUGAAUCUGAAGUUGCAAAUCAAGAUCCUUCCUCUGUACUCUGGCAUUACUCUGCAAAAAAGGGAUGUAUGUAUCCAGAACCAUUAGGGGAGAUUG